AUGUAUCGAGACUUCCUCGAUGUUCCGGAGUGGCUUCACGGCCAGGACGAAGAUACCAGUUCGCCGAGGUCCUCGUAUUCUGUGGAGUCCGACUCUGGCGGAUCCGCAGAGUCAGCGGCCUCCAGCUGUCCUUCUGAACUGAUGGAUAUCAGGCUGGAUCCGACUGCGACGGGGGCUUGGAAGUGGCUGACUAUCUCUACCAUUCGACAUGCUCAGAGCGUCGAGAACGCAGGCCAUAGUACUCCCCUCACAGACGCCACGAACGCCACAGACCCUCUCACAGACCUCGGAGUCCACCAAGCCACCGUUCUGGCCAAACAAUGGACGAACGUCCGUAUUUCGUGUAUUUAUACGUCUCCGUACACACGAGCGGUGGACAGCGCGCUCACGCUCCUCCGACACCAUCACACCUCCAUCAAUUCACAUCCCUACUCCCAUCCCCAUCCCCACGCGCACCGGAUCACGCAUGGCUCGCAGUUCAUCGAUUCGAGAAAGCAGAGACGGCCGAGCGUACAUAUUCAUCCUCAACUCAUCGAACGAAAAUCCGGAACGCACGCGCUUUCGUUCCUGGCGUGCGGCGACGUCAGAGGUUAUCGUGCAGCUCGAGACGGCCACUGCGAUGAAUUUCCGACGGGAAAUCGAGAUUGGGUCCCGGAGGGCGGGGGAGAGAGUAGGAAUAUGGUGAAUGCGAGAGCUGAGGGCGUGUUGGUGGAUUUGUUGAGGCGUUGGGCGGUGGAGGAUGAGAGUAUUCCGGUGGGCGUGUUGCGGUGUAGAGGCGAAGGGGAUGAUGGAGGUGGGAUGCAUCCGGAGGAUGGUUUGUUGGAGGGUGUGCCGCAUGUUGUGGUGGUGAGCCAUAACAUAUUUCUGAGGGCUUUGGACGAGACAAUCAGAAGAUGUACGUGGGGUCCCGCUAGGAUUGGGAAGGUUAGUUAUCCGAAUUCCGGCUGGUGA